CCCACCUCUUUCCACCUCUUUCUGUGCCGUGCCUUGACCCGCGUGUCUGGCCCCCCAUGGCUCUCGCUGCUGCUCGUUUGCUCGACACCUGCUCGCCUCGCCGGCCUCGCCUGGUGGCCCACCGCUGUGGCGCGGGAGAGGCGCCGGAGAACACAAUCGAAAGUGUCAGAUACUGUCUUGAACUGAAAGUUCCGCUCCUCCAGCUGGACGUGAUGCACACGAAGGACCACAAGGAGAGUUUGGGCAGACCGAUGAACAGUGUUUUGAUAUGUUUUGAUGAACAAUGCUUGGUUUUGUUAUGUGUGUUUCUUGUACCCUGGUUUGGCGCCUGUUUGGCAAUAGGAAGGUCAGCACAUCGAAAAGGACUUCUGUAAGAUGCGUCAUUGAAAAUGCCCAGAUUCUGUCGCUUCCAACAAGGGCAAAGGCAAGACCAUGCAAGACGUAAGAACAGGAAGAAAAACAGGCACGAUCCACCCGCAGGGAUUGCCAGCAGUUUCUCCGGAACUCUCGAUUUGCAUCGCGACUAGCAUUGAAACCCUUGUCUAGCUGUGGGUCAAACCUUGUAGCCCUUGUGCCCCUGGUAAGUAGGUUGACCUCAGUUGACCUCUCUAGGAGUCAUGUUCACUUCAUGUCACGAUGGUUCACGGUCCCGGUUUUUCCUUUUGGACCGCCAUGUCGCCUAUACUGUAAGCCUAACCAGAAGCCUUCUUUUUCGCCGGAGGUGAUCCUCUUUCACGAUGUGCCUUUGGAGCGGAACAUGGAGAAGCUCAUGGGGGUCACAGGGCAGAUCCACGACUUCAACUACGACGAGCUCCCACCCUUUAAGCAGCUCUUGCAGCCCAAUGCCUUUUGUCCUGAAGAUGCUUUUCCAGUGGCAGUGAAGGAGCUCAAGGUGAGUCUUUUUGAGGAUGCAUGCCGACUACUCGCUGGCACGGGUACCCAGAUCAUUUUGGAGUUUUGGCAAGAGUCUGAAGAAUUGAUCCUCAGUGUGCUCGAACUGUUGAAGCGUCAUCAGCUGCUAAAUCAGAUUGCCGCUUGGGGGUCCCCUGAGAAGGCCUCCAUCCAGGCUUGGUGCCGUCGAGCAGCGCCCCAGAUACCCGUCUUGAUCACUUUUGCACAAGCAUUUCGAGUUUGGACGUGCUGGAAUCUGUGUUUUCCUCUUUGUGGCCUAAGCUUGGGACGACUUCUACCAUUUCUGGUGGAAGGCCCCAUAGUGUUCAACGUGCCGCACGUGACUGACUUGUGGCACAACGCGUUUUGCAAAGCCGCGAAGGUCGAUCCGCACACCCGAUCGGUCAAGAGCGGGCUCAUUUGGGCGCUGCUUUGCUUCCUGCGACGCUGGACGGAUACUCCCAAGUUGUUUGAACAUUUGUUCGGGCGCUACAAGGUGCCGACCAUUUUGUUUAUCGCCAACACCGAAGUUGCGAUUGAGACCUGUCUCUCCUAUAAGGGAGUGAUUGCUAUCCAAACAGAUUUUCCCAAGAAAUUCUAUGACGUUUUCAAUAGGGAUUGACGGUUUGACAUAAUACAAUAACAAAUCAAUUUAUUUGUGCCCUGCAAAAAGA